AUGUCUACUCUGCCUGGCCAUGAUCAUAUCUCCAGUUCCGCUCCGGAUCCCUCUUUAGAUGGCAAAGGGGGUACAGAGUCAGCAGCAAAAGCAGGAGAGGGUCCUAGCUAUGUAUAUUACCGCCUAUACACCAAACUCGGUGCAUUUGAAUCAAACCACGCCCUCUACGACAACGACCGUUUCAUUGGCCGCAUUCCGUCAAAAUCGAUUGCCCCUCCUCGUACGGUGGCGUCUAUUAAGCGGUCCCUGUGCAAACUUGAGGACCUUUUGGUGCCCGACAAGGUGCUUCUCUUCACACCGCUCUCAAGCCCUGCACCCAAAGAAGACUCUGCCCGCCUCUCUUUGUCCGCUCUUUCUGGGCCAGGCCUCUCCGAACAGGAUCCGAUCGCAUUGGUUGUCGAGUCGGAGAAAAGGACCGACUCGGAGGUCUCACAGUCGGAGAAGCUCCCGGAACAGGGAAAAGGAGAUGAAAAGGCAAAGACGUUCUUCAACGAAAACGAUGUUUCAUUAGGACGCAUCAACACCCUCUUCGUUGCGCUUGAAAGCAUGUAUCGCAAAAGUCAUGCACGCUACAAGGACAUGGAACUCUUCCAAGACGUAGAUAGCGACACUGCCAUGAGCGACGCCGACGUCAUAUCCUUCCAAGGUGACACUUAUCCAGGUAGCGAUGAAGGCGCUGAGCCUGUAGCCCUUGUCAAUGCAACCCCCAAUACGGCAUCGGACCACAAGGCCAAGCCUACAUCAGGAAAAGUUCUCAGUAAAUAUCCAAUAGACACCGCGGCAACAGUCCCUGCUCUUUCAGAUGGUCCAGAUUCAAAUUUCACGAACCGCGCUCGGAUAAGAUAUGAUCACAGCUACAACUACCUCAACUGGCUAUCACUAAACAAAAAUGAGAUCGUUUACACGGAUGGAGUUAAGGUCACCCACCGAUACAUGGUGAUUAAUUCUAAGGGUGAAAAAGGCUUUGUGAAUCAAGAGUGUAUUGCUUUCGGAAUGGGAUAUGUCAGGACUUACAUAGGCUCAGAAGGGGUUGAGGUACUAGUACCGUAG